AUGGCAAGCUCAAGAAUCAACGAGGAUAGGAGCAACCGAUCUGCUGCUUAUAGAGCAGUCUUAGAGGGAAAAAAACAGUCAGUAGAAACCUUUCGCAGUUUCUGGAGGGAAGAAGGUGUGAAACCACUUGAUAAACGUGGUGAUACUGUUCUCCAUUUUCUGGCCGUUUACGGAAAUGUGGAUGCCUUCAGAUUACUUCUCCAGGAUGGUCUUGUGACAAUUGAAAAUCUGAAGGCAAAGAAUGUCAAUGGCCACACUGCAUUGCAUGAAGCUGCAAGAUUUGGCCACAAGGAUGUUGCAGAGAUCAUGUUAAGGACAGAAACACAAACUGGGUGA